UUUUUUUUUUAUCAGAAAUUUGUAAUUGAUCUCCAAUUCUUUGUACAUUCACAUUUAUGUUGUUACCAAACUACUUCCGCUUUAACUUUUAUAUAUGAUGUUGUUUAGGCAUUUUUGUUGAAAUUUGUGUCUUGCAGGCAUCUUUGAUGUAUUUUUUAAAAUUUAUUUUAUUGAAUUUCAUUGAUUUGAUAAAUUAAAUUAAAAAAAUAAACUCUAAACCUAUUGGUCAGAAUCUUAUAUAUCAGCAUCUGUGAAACACAAACUCUCAUGUUUCAUUGACAUUCAGCUCCAUUUUUUUAUGGCACCAAAACACAACAACUGGUACAAUUUUGGUGAUCAAACUGUCUUCCUAAACAUCAAAAACCAGGUAAACUCCACAUAUCAACCACCUCUGCCCAGUCCACCUUCUUCUUUCCCUACCUUAGCUAUUGUUCUACUAAGCCUCAUGGCCUCAGCUUUCUUGCUAGUGAGCUACUAUCUCAUUGUUGUCAAGUUUUGCUCAAAGUGGCACCAACUCAAUCUCUUGAUCAUGAGGUUUCCGACCACCUCACGAGCUCGACAAAAUGAGGAGCUACUUACGGCCUUCUCUCCGUCAGUGUGGAACCGCGGCCUUGACGAAUCAGUCAUUCGUGGAAUCCCAACUGUUCAGUUCAAAGGAGGAGAAGUUGAUGAAGAGAGAAGUGUGUGUGGAUGUGCAGUUUGUUUGAAGGAGUUUCAAGAACAAGACACACUAAAAGUUCUUCCCAAUUGCAGCCAUGAGUUUCACUUGGACUGCAUUGAUGUAUGGCUUCAAAGCAAUGCCAACUGCCCUCUUUGCAGAACAAGUGUUUCGGGUACUAUUCGUUGUCCAAUCGAUCAUGCCAUAGCACCGAGCUCUUCGCCUCAAGACUCGGAGCUGUUUUCGAUCGGUAGUGAUGUGGACUUUGUAGUGAUUGAAUUGGAGGGAGGAGAUGGAGUCAUACUUCCGCCUAGGCAACAACAUAGCAAUGAUUCUACACAAGUCAUAACUCAUACCACUACAUAGAAGUUAUGAAUCAAGAAGGACGGAGAAUGUCAAAAACUCAGGUCUGUUUUUCCCUUCCUGUUGAGUGUGAGUUGUAAUGUGAAUUUCUUUUUGUACCCUUUUCUUCUUAAUACAAGCGGUAUUGGAAGAGGGGAAAUCGAGCUUAGGACUUGAGAUGUAUAGAUGAAUGCUUUUAACUAAGCUGUAAACAGUUGGCGCAAGAUUGGGAGAGGGUAAGUCAAACUUAGGACAUCAGGUGCAGAAGUGAAUGUUCUUAACUAUCUUGG